ACAGGAUCGUAACCGCGCUCCCAUGCGCCAAUGGAAGCACGGAGUGCUCAGCGGCGUUUGACUGCUCCGCUGAGGGGGAAGUGUUGACAGCUGUAAACCAGACAGUAAGACCGGGGCGGUCAACGGUUGACCGGCAGCUGAAGCAGCUGUGUUUUCAACCGGGUUGGUCCCGUUGCAGCAUUCCCCCAUAACAGCUGAUCUUUUGACGUCAAUGCCGUCCCCAUGCCGUCAUGAGAACAUUCGAGAAGCCGAGACCGGCGAAGACUCUCGUGCGCAUUGGCUAUAAAAUCUCCCUUGAAGCUCCAACGAGCUCAAAACUUUCAACGACCUCUUCACCACAAUUCCAAUUGCCCCCCAGAGCUCCUCAGCAACAAAGCGCUUCUUCAUUCAGCUCAAGUAACUUCCACCAGUCUGCAGAAUCAUGGCCCGCACGUUCAUCCUCGCAGUGGUGCUCCUCUCGGUGGUGUCAUCCUCGGCGGCUGUAGGCCCUCCCGCCCCAGCUGGCGCGACCGUGCCCGCAGCGACCGCAUGCCCCAACUCACCCGCCAACACCCCCACCAACUCCUGCUUCAACAAUGGUGGCACCACUCACGUCUGCUGCAUUAACCCCGACUCGUGCGGUGACAAGGACGCCAAUGGUGGCGCCACGUGCACGAACGGCAACUACUACAUCUUCCCUCCCCCCCCUCCCAUCACUUUCACUCUGAUCAACGGCGGUGCCGCGUGCCCUUCUUGCAACGGCGUCCCGUCCAACGCAUGCUUCAACGCCGGCGGCUCCCAGAAGGUGUGCUGCAUUAACCCCAGCAGCUGCUCCUCGACUACCCCCACGUGCAGCAACAACGCUUACGUCACCUUCACCGGCACUGCGGCCAACCCCGUCCCCUACAACUGUUAGAGCAACCGGGGAUUGUCCACCGGGCGCAUGCGCGCGGGUGUAUUCUAAACCGAGCGUGGCCGGGGGAAUUACCGGUUUUAAGUUUUGGUCCUAGAUGAG